AUAACAAAAAAAAAGGAAAAAGAAACAAGAUUUUCCUCUUAUCACUCCCAAAUCCAAUCUAAACAUCUUAUCUAAUAUCUCUCAAGUUUGUUGCACUUGUGGUGAUGAUUCUUACACAGAUGUAUAUAUACAUCGAUCCGGGCACAUAUUAUUUCAUGCAAACAAACAAAAUCGGCCACAAAGAAUUUUUUUUAUCAUGGCAUCACAAAUAUUCACGAUUUGUUUUUCUAUUUUGAUCGGAUUAGUUUUGCUCAAAGAUGUUGGUGCUUAUAGUGAUAUCAAUGUGUAUGAGUUAGUGAAGGGCAACUUUUCCGUCAAGAUCACCAAUUAUGGUGCUACUGUUCUUUCAGUGAUUCUCCCUGAUAAAAAUGGGAAAUUGGACGAUGUGAUUCUUGGUUAUGAAACAGUAGAUGAAUACAAGACUGAUUCAACCUAUUUCGGAGGUCUAAUUGGUCGGGUGGCAAAUAGAAUUGGACAUGCUAGGUUCAAACUGAAUGGUGUUAGUUAUAAACUCCCUGCCAAUGAUCAUGGAAACACACUCCACGGUGGUAGUGUUGGAUUCAAUGAUGUUGUGUGGACAGUGGAUGAGUAUGUUAGAGAUAAAUAUAUUAGUCUCCGUUAUCUUAGCCAUGAUGGUGAACAAGGAUUUCCUGGAACAGUCGAUGUUUAUGUGAUGUACAUGUUGGUGGGAACCAACAGAUUGGCCAUAAAAAUGGUAGCCAAACCUCUAAAUAGACCUACACCAAUAAACCUAGCAUCCCACACUUAUUGGAAUCUAGCUGGUCACAAUAGUGGUGAUAUUUUGUCCCAUGAAAUCCAAAUCUUUGGUUCUCACAUCACUCCGGUUGACCAAAAACUCAUCCCUACCGGCAAAAUCUUGAACAUUGAAGGCACGCCUUUCGAUUUCUUGAAACCUAGGGCUAUUGGUAGCAGAUUUAAGGAAAUCCCUGAUGGAUAUGACAUCAACUAUGUCAUUGAUUACCAAACCAAUAAACAUGGUAAACUUCAUGUACACAAAGUUGCAGCUGUACACGACCCUACUUCAGGGCGAAAAAUGGAGCUGUGGAGUAACAAGCCCGGAGUACAAUUCUACACCAGCAACAUGUUGAAUACCACAAAAGGGAAAAAUGGUGCAACUUACAAUACGUAUCAGGCAUUCUGCUUGGAGACUCAAGGGUUCCCAGAUUCAGUCAAUCAUCAUAAUUUUCCUUCUCAAGUGGUUCAGCCUGGAGAAAAGUACAAACAUCUUAUGAUUUAUAGGUUCACAACCGUUUAGGUUUGUGGAUGUUUUUUUUAUAAUUUUUUUUCCUUAUCAUUGUCGUUUUAAUUUAUAUUUUUUUUGCUUCUUUACUUUCAACAUUAAUUUAUUCAUCUUUAGGGAGCCUUUUUAUUAGUUUGUUUACCCUGUUAGGAAAUUUAAGUAGGACUCGGGGUGUAUUAAUUUUUUUAUUAUUAUUAUUUAGCUGUAAUAAAGUGGGAAAAUUUUCGAUUAUGAAGGAAUUAAAUUGUGGAG